GCCCCGCAGAGCAUCCCCAGUGUGGGGGCUGGCGACGCUGAGGACACACGCACGCAGAAGGAUGUGUCCUUUGUGUCCGCGGGGCCGGAGACAGGCCAAGUGUUGUGAGAGGGGGGAGGGCGCAGCGCCAGGGAUAACGGUUCAGAGCGGAAAGCUGGGCCCCCAGGUGCCGGGCGAGCACGGUACACGGAAAGGAUGUGGUGAACCGGAGUUUGCGAAGUUGGUAUCGAUGGUGCUUUAUGUAGCCGUUUAAAAGACAGCAAACAAAAACAGCCCUGAGCGGCCGUGGUUGGUGGCAGCGCACGCAGACGCGAGCGGGUCUUUGUGAGUUCGAGGCCAGCCUGGUCUACGUUCCAGGUAUUUCAACAGCCCGAAGACAACUUCACAGCUGUGUAAGGUAACAGGAAAGGUGGGAAGCAUCAUCAGCAAACGGAAGUGUGACGCCUGCUGGUAGAAGAUGAGCAUUUCGGGAAGCAGUUGUGGAAGCCCCAACUCUGCAGACGUGUCCAGUGACUUCAAGGAGCUCUGGACAAAACUAAAAGAAUAUCAUGAUAAGGAAGUGCAAGGUUUACAAGUAAAAGUAACCAAACUGAAAAAGGAACGAAUUUUAGAUGCACAAAGACUAGAAGAAUUCUUCACCAAAAAUCAACAGCUGAGAGACCAACAGAAAGUGCUUCAGGAAACCAUUAAAAUUUUAGAAGAUAGGUUGAGAGCAGGGUUGUGUGACCGCUGUGCAGUGACUGAAGAGCAUAUGCACAAAAAGCAGCAGGAGUUUGAAAAUAUCCGCCAGCAGAAUCUGAAGCUUAUUACAGAGCUCAUGAAUGAAAAGAAUACUCUUCAGGAAGAAAACAAAAAGCUUUCUGAGCAACUGCAGCAGAAAAUUGAAAAUGAUCAACAGGAUCAAGUAGCUGAGCUGGAAUGUGAGGAAAACAUUAUUCCAGAUUCACCGAUAACAUCGUUUUCAUUUUCUGGUAUUAACCGGCUACGAAGAAAGGAGAAUCUCCAUGUCCGAUACAUAGAACAAACACAUACUAAAUUGGAGCACUCUGUAUCUAUAAAUGAAUUAAGAAAAAUUUCCAAGGCUUUAGCUCCUGUACCACAUAACUCUGAGGAACAUGAAAUUCUAGUAGCUGACACUUGCAGUCAAAGUCACUCACCACUGUCUAAAAUAUGUAGAACAAGCAGUUAUCCCACUGAAAAGUCACCUUUUAAUUUAGAUACUGUUGUUGCUGAAACACUUGGACUUAAUGUUCAAGAAGAGUCUGAACACCAACGUUGUACAAGCCCUCUUGGGGAUGAGCUCUACCACUGUCUUGAAGGAGAUCACAAAAAACAGCCUUCAGUAGAAUCUGCAAGAAGUAGUGAGGAUAGUUUAAGGUUUUCAGAUGCUGCUUCAAAGACACCUCCCGAAGAAUUUACUCCUCGGGUCUCAUCUCCUGUAUUUGGAGCUACCUCGACUGUGAAAAGUCAUUUGGGUUUGAAUACAAGUUUCUCCCCUUCUCUUUUAGACGUUGGGAAAAGAAACCUUCUGAAGACAGCUCCCUUUAGCAACAUUUCUGUAUCUAGAUCAGAGAAAGCGAGAUCAAAAUCAGAGGACAGUACUCUUUUCACACAUCAUAAUCUUGUGUCUGAAGUAAACAAGGUCAUUAGCCAGUCAUUUCCUAACAAGCAGAUACUUACGAAUAAAAAUGUAAGCGAAUCCGUAGAUGAGCAGGGCAGUAGUGAUCCUAUUAAAGAUAAAUAUUUGGUGCCUUUGAAGUCACUGGGAGGCAAAGCAUGCAAGAGGAAGAAGACUGAGGGGGAGAGUGAACAUGCAGUACACUGCCCCCAAACCUGUCUAGAUAAGGAAAAUUCUCUUCCUUUUCCCAUGGAGAAUCAGUUCUCCAUGAAUGGAGACCAUGUUAUGGAUAAACCCCUGGACCUGUCAGAUCGGUUUGCAGCUACCCAACGUCAAGAGAAGAACCACGGAAAUGAAACUUGUAAAAACAAGUUUAAACAAGUGACUAUUUAUGAGGUUUUGAAGCCCAUUCCCAAGGGCUCUUCCUCAGGUCGCAAAGCCUUGAGCGGGGCCUGCUUAUUAGCCAAAGAUUCUUCAGAGGAGUCCUGUUUACAGCAGUGUGUCCUCCAGACCUCUAGCAAAGCCUCUCCAGACCGUAAAACGCCACUGCAGAUAAAAGAGGAAGAGCCUGCCUUCAAGGCCCCUCUGUGCUCACGGGACAACGCCGAGACAGAGGAUCUCUUUAGUGACAUGAAGGAUACUGGUUCUCUUGUGCCAACAAAAGUAAAAAGCAGAUCAGUCCAUGGAGGAUGUGAGCUUGCAUCAGUUCUUCAGUUAAAUCCCUGUAGAGUUGCUAAAACAAAGUCCCUGCCAAACAACCAAGAUGUGUCCUUUGAAAAUAUUCAGUGGAGUGUAGAUCCAGGAGCUGACCUUUCUCAGUAUAAGAUGGAUGUUACUGUAAUAGAUACAAAGGAUAACAGUCAUUCACGAUUAGGAGAAACAGUGGACAUGGACUGUACAUUGGUCAGUGAAACCGUGCUUUUAAAAAUGAAGAAACAAGAGCAGAAAGAAAAAAGUCCAAAUGGAGAUAUAAAAAUAAAUGAUAGUUUGGAAGAAAUGUUUGAUCAAACAACACAUGAAGAAUAUGAAUCCUGUUUGGCAGAUAGCUUCCCCCAGGUACCAGAUGAGGAAGAACUGUCUGCUGCCACAAAGAAACCAAACAUGCAUGGUGAUAAACAAGAUAAAGUCAAGCAGAAAGCGUUUGUGGAGCCAUAUUUUAAAGAUAAAGAGAGAGAAAGUAACAUACAGAAUUUUCCUCAUAUUGAGGUAGUUCGGAAAAAAGAAGAGAGAAGGAAAUUGCUUGGGCACACAUGUAAGGAAUGUGAAAUUUACUAUGCAGAUAUGCCAGCGGAAGAAAGAGAAAAGAAGUUGGCUUCCUGUUCACGACACCGAUUUCGCUACAUUCCACCCAGCACACCAGAGAAUUUCUGGGAAGUUGGUUUUCCUUCUACUCAGACAUGCCUGGAAAGGGGUUACAUCAAGGAAGAUCUUAAUCUUUGCCCUCGUCCCAAAAGACGGCAUCCUUACAAUGUAGUGUUUUCUCCAAAAGGCAAGGAACAGAGGACCUAGAUGUUGGAGUAAAAGUGGGCAAAAGACCUUUUUUCCCCCCAUUUAGUUAUUUAUAGUUCAAGUUGUAAUAAACAUUGAUCUUUGUUUUUUUAUCAUCUAUAAAUUUAUAAAUGAGUUUUCUAUUAAAAAUGUUUUUAAGUGGUAUUUACCUAUCACACAAAUAACUAUUUAAAAUGUG